AUGCUGCAUAAGCUUGCACUCUUGUUUAAAACUGUCCUCGCGCCAGAGCUUAUAGCAGUGGAAGGAUUCCAAGAAUGGGCUCAAUGCCGAAGGAUGGAAACAGACUGCGUUGAACUUACCAAUGGGCAAUUUGGGCUCAUCCAUGCGUUCUAUAUCAGCAUGCUCGCUCUGAGAUACCGGACACCAAAAGGCGACAGGGUUAUAUGGCCAAACCAAUAUACUUGGCUGCUCCGACAACGCCUCAUUAUCUGGGAAGACCACGCAAGCUGGGGUCUUUCCUUGGAGAAUAUACGUGAUAAAAGCAAAGCAGACAACGCUGCAAAGUUUAUAGCUUUCAUCCAGGUAUUUUGGUUUGUUGCCCAAUGUAUACUGCGCGCAGCCUAUUAUCUUCCACUGUCUCAACUUGAGGCAAUGACUCUCGGUUAUAUUCCAAUGUUUGUGGUUACGUAUUUCUUCUGGUGGGACAAACCCAAGGAUAUUCGCUCGCCCUCGAUUGUUGAGCUUCCAGAUAUGAGUGAGGAGCAGAGGCAUGCGUUUGAAUUGAUGGCCGUCAGCAACAAAUUUGACAAUGAGGGCAUGAGGGAUCAAGUGACCUUAUGGAAUAUAUGGUAUCUCACACCACGUGUGUUUGAGAAAGAAGAAGAGGAAAAAGCAAUACGGGAUGCCCAGUCAGAGGGUGCACAACGGGCUGCAAAAAUGGUCGCAGAAAUUCGAGAAAAGAACCAAUCCCAAGGAAUCCCGCAGGAAACGACAAUCUUUGAGGACGACAUACAAAGAUUCGAAGGCCCUCAAUUCGAAAUUCGAAAGGAGGUAGUUCUAGCUCAGUGGGAUCCGCGCCUAUACAAGUCAAAACUUUGGCCAUUGACUUGCCUUUUCGGGAGUUCCUUUGGGGCACUUCACCUCGCAUGCUGGAAUACUGUUUUCCCGACGCUUGCUGAAAUGUGGCUAUGGCGUGUUUCAGCAUUGGUUUCCAUUCUCUCGAUGCUAGUCUUCAUGCAUUUUGAGAAGGUUGUUUUUCGCUGGGGUGGUCCUUUGACUAUUAUCAGUAUCGCGUCUCCGGGUUUGUACAUGCUCAGCCGCGUUUUCAUGAUGGGAGAGGUCUUUACAGCUCUGAGAGCCGAAGACCCAACUAUAUAUUGUACUUAUCAGGUCUCGACCUAUUUGGCAGAUCUUUUGUCAAGUUGA